CCCAGUCGGAAGGCUGACGUUUCAUGUACACGUCGCUUUAGCGAAGAUGGCGGACGGCCGUCAGUCUGAACGUCCCGCACGGCUGUAGGAUUUUACACGCCGCUCUCAGUUCAGCCCGAGGUUCUGCUUCUCCGCCCGAGGAACGAGGCAUAGCCAUCACACACCCUCAGUGUCUUGAGCUCUGGAGAACAGGAACUUGAAAAGAUGCAACCUCCUCCUCGUGCAGCACCACCCGGAGCAUGUGGCCCACCACCUUCCUCUGGUGGACCUAAUGCAUUCAGAAGAACUCGACCACACAAGCAUGGAGCAGCAGCUACUGCCUCAGCAACUGUACCACCUGCACAGCCAAUGUCUGAUCCAUUCGCCUAUGGGAGGCAAGCGCCUCCACUAAUGCCAGUGGGCAGCCAGGCUUUACCACCUAACAGCAGUCCACUUCCUGUACAGUCCCCUCCUCCAGCUGUUUUUUCCCAGCCUGGUCCAUCUCAAGUUCCAACGUUAGCAACUCAAGUGGCAUCAGCUGGUCCCCCUCCCCCCUUUUUCACCCCUUAUCCUGGUCCUUCACGGCCUUCACCUGCUCCUAUUCCACCUCCUUCUGAGCCUGGGUAUUUUAACUCUCAAGAACCUAUGCCCUAUAUCGCGCAAUUGCCUAACCCUGCCCCUCCAUUCAGCUCAAACCAUUAUCAGCCUCCUCCUGCAUCCUCAACACCACCAGUGCAAAGCAACCCUCCAUUUCAGCCCGCCCCUACUGCUCCUUCACAUUUGGUGCCUGAUCAUGGAAGUCGACCUCCUUCUGUUCAGAACUACUUUCAGCCAACUAGUGAUCCACCCCAGCCUUUCCAUGUUCCUCCCCAAGCACAAGCCUCUCAUUCUGCUCACUCGCCCCAUGUUGGACAACCUCAGAAUCACCCUCAAAAUCAUAUUCAGUCGCCUCCACUGAAUACGAGUGGGCUAGCUGGUUCCCAGCAACAGAGCACCCCCUUUUCAGCCCAAAACUAUUUUAGCCAGACAGGGGCAUUCUCAGAGCCAUGGUUCAGUCAGGUCCCACAGGAUCCAGCUCAACGUGCCUGCCCUGUCCCCUACGUUCCUGCUGACUCUGGAACGCUAUCUAUGUUCUUCCAGGGCAAUGAUGUAGAGAAUGAAGAGACCCUUUCCUGCGAGGGUCGUGUAAAUGGGGUCUCUCACCUUCCUCAUGCAGGGACUGUGGCAGAGGCACCUGCUCAGUAUUUGAAUGACAGUGGAAAUAUCAGAGCUGGUGCUGGGCCAUGUGAAUCUGUUGAGAAUUUGGAAUGCGUUCCGAACCAAGAAGUGCUGCCGAGCGAACCACUACCAAGCCAUGUCUACGAGGCAGGGCCUAACCUGGAGACACCAGACUCUGCUCCUCGGCCAGCCCGUUCCGCAAGUGUCUCAUCCAGUUACAGCAAUGUCAGUCACGGGAGUGGCCAUGCCCCACACAGCACUGGUCACCCACCCCGACGACAUCAGGGUGUUGUUGGUACUUUUAUCCAACAAGAAAGCCCCCGCCCCCCUGAUCCACCUGCCUCCCAUCCUCCCAAUGCUGGUUACUUUGAGCAAAUAGAUUCCGCCCCUGCUGCAGAGCAGAGUCCCACAUUCCCCACCCCCAGCCCUCCAAAGCCGGUAGGUGUCUUUCAACCCAGUGCAAACUCUUCUUUUGAGCCUGUGCGAUCACACGGCAUUGGUGUCAGGCCUGCUGAAGUUGACCGAGCUAGAAUGGUUAUGGAAAAGAGUGGAGCAGAUGGGCUUCCUGGAAACCUAGAGCAGCCUCCAGACAACAUGGAGACCAUCUAUUUUCCUGGAGGGCAGGAGCGCAGACCUUCGUCUCGAGCCCAUGGAGCUCGACGACCAUGCGAUAGUCCUGCUACGACCCUUUGGGCUCAUAGUGAUCCAGCUGGCCUUGGAGCUAAUAUUCUGUUGGCACCUGCAGCACCCCCUCUGGCUACUACACUUGUUCCAGCUCGCCAACCCAGUGCUGAGGUGAUCCAGCCACCAGAAGAUGUACCUUUGGAUCUGCAACCACCCAGGGCACAUCCACAGCCUCACUCAGAAAACCUUGAGAACCCACCAGAUUCAGCACCUCAGGCAAGUCUAGGUUAUGCUUCCUUGCUGGUAACAACGCCGCCCGUAGAGGCUUUAAACCAGCCUGUCUUGAUUGCACCACCUUCUACAAAUUAUAAUGUGAUUGCUCCUCAAAGCCCUUCUCAAACAGCCAAUCAAAUCCAGAGUCCCAAGGAGACCACCUCGCCUGUUCGGCCACCUUCUCAAACGGCUGUGGCCAAUCAGUUGCCAUCAAGUUCCUCUUCAAAUCAGCCGCCUUCACUUUUCCCGAAGACGCCGCUAAGCUUUCAGCAGCCCUCCAGCCAGAGUCCAUUAAAUCUGGCUCGAGAGGUCAAAGAUGGUCCUCCUCCUUCCCAAUCAACUCACCCACCUCUUUCAAGGGCUCAGUCCCUGCGAGGUGAUGGUCAAGGAGUCACAUCUCCUAAUUCACAAAUUACACCUUCUGCUCCUUCCACUAAUCAGAAUCAACCAUCAAAUUAUGAGCUGCUUGAUUUUUCCAUGCACCAACCACAGAGCACAAAUCAGUCUUUUGGCCCGCCCCUUUCCCAAUCAGCUCCUCCCACUGCCAUGGUGAAUAACACCCCUGGCUUUUAUCUGCAGGUUACCAAAGAUGCACAGCAAGCUGUGCGCACUGAUUCUGAGCCUCCGCCUCAGGCACCCGCCACAAAUCCCUCCAGACCCUCCAGCAAUCAGACUAGUAGUGAUCCCGCUGGCCUAUCCCACACUCACAAUCCAGUUUCAAAUGAAACUGCCUCCCAGCCUCCCCCAGUAGCCACACCCACAUCCCAUGCUGCCCCACCCUCUGUAUCUGGACCAGCCCCACCUCCUGCUUAUCCUUCACAGCCUGGAAACACUGCUGCCCCUCCUGAUCCUCAGCGUCCCCCGUCUGCUCUUGGGGGUCAGUCUGGUUAUGGCGCAGCACCUUCUAUGCCCGUUCCUGGAUAUGGAGGUUACUACCCAGAGUACCAGGAUGGAAGACAUCCCUACCCACCUCAAUAUCCGAAUAUGGACCCAAGGGCUCAGAACUAUUACCAGGAUGAUCCUUACCGGAGAGCAGAUCCACGAUACAGUCAGUAUAAUGGACCAAACCCUGGCUACCGGGAAGCGGAGCGGCAGCCAGAAAGGCCAAGUUCAAGAACCAGUCAGUACUCUGACCGACCCAACUCUAGGCAGGGAUAUAGUGAAAAUUACCCCAGGCCUAACCGCAGUGCCUAUGAAGACUACUAUGCAAACUACUAUAAGAAACAGUACGAACAGUACGCAGAUCGAAACAGAUGGUAUGACCCCAACGCUGCUUAUGACCCCCGUUAUAGAGGAUACUAUGACCAGGCCUAUAACUGGUACAACUAUGACCCUGAGGCCUACAGACGAGCUGACCCAUAUUAUGGUCAGCAGUAUGCCACCAGGCCCGAGGGCUACGAUGACCCAUGGCGCUACUACCCUGGCUACGACUCUAGUUUUGAUGACGACUAUCGGAGACGGGAUCCGUAUGCGGACGAGUUUGACCGGCGCUCUGUCCACAGCGAGAGAUCUGCCCACAGCGUCCACUCAUCCCAUAGCCGUCAAAGCAGCUUCAGCUCUCGAUCACAGCAGAGCCAGGUGUACAGGAGUCAGCCUGAUCUGGUUGCUGCGAGUUACGAUGCCACUGCAUCCACACUGCCUGUGGAUUAUUCCUAUGGUCAGUAUCCUGGCCCCACAGACACUCAGAACUACAGUCAGUACAAUGCCACAGACACCACUUGGACUGCACCAGAACAGCCUCCCCCGAGGCCAUUGACUCCAGAGAAAUUCUCAGUUCCUCACUGCUGUGCCCGGUUUGGUCCAGCAGGUCAGCUAAUUCUGGUCCAGCCUAACCUACCUUCAGCUGGACAGCCAGCUCUUGUGGAGCUUCACAGCAUGGAGACAAUGAUGCAGGAUUCGCCAGAACAGACUGAGCUGCGAGCUUUCCCAGGACCACUCGUCAAGGAGGAGACCCACAAGGUGGACGUUAUAAAGUUUGCCCAAAACAAAGCUCAGGAGUGCAUCCGUAAUGACGACCUCAUCGACAAGGACUCUGCUGUCCUCAUUUGGGAGUUCAUAGUGCUGCUCUGUCGUCAGAAUGGGACUGUGGUUGGUACAGAUCUGGCUGAUCUGUUGCUAAAGGAGCAUCGCUCAGUGUGGUUGCCAGGAAAGUCUCCUAAUGAGGCAAAUUUGAUCGAUUUCAACAAUGAGGCUCUGGAGCGUCCGGAAGAGGAAGAGUCCGGACCGCUGUCUCUGCUGUCCGACACGUUUAUGGGCACACCUGAGAAUGCUGGGAAGGAGACUGAGCGCUUCAGAGAGUUGCUGCUGUUUGGACGAAAGAAGGAUGCCCUCGAGUCUGCUAUGAAGAAUGGGUUGUGGGGCCACGCACUGCUCCUGGCCAGUAAGAUGGACAACAGGACACAUGCGAGAGUCAUGACUAGGUUUGCCAACAGUCUUCCCAUCAAUGACCCCCUGCAGACAGUCUACCAGCUUAUGUCUGGAAGGAUGCCGGCUGCUGCCACGUGUUGUGGGGAUGAGAAGUGGGGAGACUGGCGCCCUCAUCUGGCCAUGGUGCUCUCCAACCUCACACACACUCUGGAUCUGGACACGCGCACCAUCUCCACCAUGGGAGACACACUGGCCUCCAAAGGUCUGGUUGAUGCAGCUCAUUUCUGCUACCUGAUGGCUCAGGUGGGUUUGGGUGUCUUUACCAAGAAGAGCACCAAGAUGGUUCUCAUUGGCUCCAACCACAGUCUGCCAUUUGCAAGGUUCUGUACUAUUGAUGCGAUCCAGAAAACGGAAGCUUAUGAGUACGCCCAGUCUCUUGGUUCCCAGCCUCUAUCACUGCCCAACUUUCAGGUGUUUAAGUUCAUCUAUGCAUGUCGGCUGGCGGAGACGGGACUUUGUGCACAAGCCUUCCAUUAUUGUGAAGUCAUUGCACGUGCACUGCUGACCUUACCUGACUACCACUCACCUGUGUUCAUAAGUCAACUCAUACAGAUGUCUGAGAGGUUGAGGUUUUUUGACCCUCAGCUGAAAGAAAAGCCAGAGCAAGAGCUCUUCCAGGAGCCAGACUGGCUGCUGCUUCUCAGAAAACUCAACAAUCAGAUUAAGGAUGGCGUAAUAUCGUUGCGUACAGAUUGCAGCACUCCCCAGCUGUCUGCUUGCACUACACCGAGCUCAGAGGAACACCCCAGCCUACCUGACCAUUCAGCUUUGAACGCUGACCCUCAUAAUCAUCUCAUGACCUCCCUCAUGCCGCAGCCAGGCCCACCCACAGCAGGGGUGCAACUUAUGCCACCAGCUCCAACAACCAUUUUGCAGGACGGGGUGGUUCCUCUUCAGCAUGCCCCUCCCCCUGGCGAGAGUAUUCCAUUUUACCCAGCAGCCCCUGCUCCUCCCCAGCCUGGCUUUGUUUCACAGUACCAGGAACACCAAGAGCCUUACCAUCCCAUGCCAACGCAGAGUCCUACACAAAUGUCUCCCAACAUGCCACAACAAAUACCCCUCUACACUCCUGCAGAGAUGCCCCAACAUAUGACACCUGGGAUGCCUCCUAGCAUGCCUCCUGGGACGCCUCAUGGUAUGCACCCCCAGAUGCCUGGGGCAGACCCUACGCCAACACCUCCUUCACCUCAGCAGCUGCCUCAACCGCCUCCCCCAUCCCGUGGCCCACUUCCUCAGAUGGACUUUUAUGACAGCAUGGCUCAGAUGAGUUCAGGAAGAAGAUCCAGGACCACCUCUCAGUCUUCAACCCACAUGAUGUCUGGACGCCGCUCACGCACCACAUCAGAAUCAUCCAAUCAUUCCACAGGACGAGAGCGAAGCAACUCCGCAGCCAAUCAGAGCUCCCCUCCUCCUCCCCCCAUUCCAGAGGCACCUUCCCAGGAGGCACCCAAGAAAACCAAGAAAGACUCGCCAAAAAAGGGAGGUGGUGGGGGUAUCUUGAGUUGGUUGUAUAGAAGAGGAAAAAAUGAAGCUCACCUCCCAGAUGACACCAACAAAUCAAUUGUGUGGGAUGGAGCAAAGCAGAGGUGGGUCAAUCUGGAUGAACCAGAGGAGGAGAGUAAACCACCUCCCCCUCCUCCCUCAAUGUUUCCUAAAGCUCCCACUGGUGGGCCAGCUGCAGGUCCUGGAAUGGGUGGACCUCCAGGUCCUCCAGGAGCAGGACCACCUGUUAAUAUGUUCUCCAGGAAAGCAGGCACUAGGGGGCGGUAUGUGGAUGUGUUGAACCCGGGUCGUGGAGAUUCCAAACCUGCAUCUGUUGUUCCUCCUCCUGCUGACCUUUUCGCCCCCCUUGCGCCUAUGGCCAUGCCUGCCAACCUUUUUGUUCCUUCAGCAGCCCCCGAUGAUCAGCAGCCAAUGGAGGGCAGUGUUCCAGACAGCAAUGCAGACAAUAUGGAACAAACUCAACCCAAUGCUACAGUUCCACAGAUGUUUAAUCCCACUCUAUUGCCCCCGGGUCCGGAGGGAACUCAGUCAGGAGAGCUAUCACGUUCUAGCUCAAUGAGUUCUUUAUCACGAGAAGUGAGUCAGCAUUUAAACCAGGGGCCUACCCAGGGAGCUCCACCCUCAGGGGGCGUGACUUUCUAUAACCCCUCGCAGUUUGCACAGUCUGCACCUCCAGCUCGGUCUCGUCCUGGGCGACUUGGCCAGCGCGAGUACCCUACUUUAAAAUAAUGAGAGGAACUGUGUCUAUGGUUCUAGAUCACAUCAGGAUGCAUUUCCAUCCAGACCCAGAAGCUGCUGGUCCACCGUCUGGCCUCCCAGUUGUCGCCACCUCAACCACAAUGUUCAUCAACAUAAUCAUCCCAGUUUAUUCCAUGCUUUGUUUCGUUGUUUGAUGGUUCAAUAAUGCCAUUAACAAACGCAUUAACCUCUGUUUUUCAUGUUUUUCUUGUCUUUUGUUGUUUCCCCCCACUUUCUGCUCUGUGUCUGUGACUGGAACACCCUUCCCUCAGAAGUGUGUGACAUUUAAGUGCAAUAAUUUUGAGUUAAACUUUUUUGCCUAAUCGUAACUGCAUUUCAGCUCUGUGUGAUUGACUGAAUGCGUGUGUGUGUGUGUGUGAGUGUGUAUUAGUUUGAGGGAAAGACAGAGGGGCGGGGGGAAUGCCCUGGGAGGUAGCCAGUGCGGUUGAGGUGUGGCAUGAUCACCCGGCUCAUUGUUGUUGUGGUAACAGUGAGGCCAGAGUAGUUGGAGGAUUUUAGGUAUUUAUUACAGGUUCCUGUUGAAAAAUGAGGAGCAUUUAUGAAGCUUUUUUUUUCUUUUUUAAAUCACCCACAACUCACACACAGUCUGUAUAUCAGAAUGAAUAUUUAUGAGCUGUAUUGUCUUUGUGCGCUAACCCGCUGUCCCCCACGCUCCUUCACCUCAAGAUUCACCCUUUCAUUUUCACAUGUAGAAAUAGAUUCAUAGGUUUUUAUUAUUUCUACAAGACCCUCCUGAAUUAUUCACGUUCUCGCUGCAUACUCUGGUCAGUAAUCAUGUUAUGAUUUAUUUUUAUUGCUGAUUUUGUCAUGAUUUUUUUAUUUUCUGUCAUACUCAAUCUUCUUCCAUAAUCUCAUCUUCAUUGUCUCGUUUCAUAGCGACAGCAAGUUUUUUUUUUUUUUUGUAAUUCGAAAGGAUCACUCUCUCUGAAGGAAGCCUGGACUUAUCCAAUGUGUUUAGAAUUGACUGUAAAAUUGUUGACAGGAAAAGAAGCAAAGUGAUGAAAAUAAAGAUAUUUUUGAGCUCUU